UGUAAUGAAUACUGCAAUGCUGGCUAUCAGAAGAGGAAGAAGGAAGGGGAGAAAUUUUGCUGCUAUGAUUGUUCUCCAUGCCCAGAAGGGAAGAUUGCUAACCAAAAGGCAGAUAUGGAUGACUGCUUCAGAUGCCCAGACGAUCAAUAUCCCAGCAAGGAUAAAGAUGGGUGCAUCCCCAAAACUGUAACCUUCUUGUCUUAUGAAGAACCUUUAGGGAUAAGUUUAGCCUCUAUUGCUAUCUCUUUCUCUCUAAGCGCAGCUUUGGUGCUUGUAAUUUUUGUUAAAAACAAAGAUACACCGAUAGUCAAAGCAAACAAUCGGGAACUCACCUACAUUCUCCUCAACUCCCUUAUGCUCUGCUUCCUCUGUUCCUUGCUAUUUCUCGGACAACCAUGCAAGGUGUCUUGCUGUCUCCGUCAACUUGCUUUCGGCAUCAUCUUCUCAGUGGCUGUUUCUUGUGUGUUGGCCAAAACCAUCACUGUGGUUUUAGCAUUCAUGGCCACUAAACCAGGGUCCAAUGUGAGAAAGUGGGUGGGAAAGAGACUGAUCAAUUCCAUUGUCUUUGUCUGCUCCUUUAUUCAAGCUAGCAUUUGUGUGGUGUGGUUAGCAACCUCUCCUCCUUUCCCAGAUUUUGACAUGACAUCCGUAACUGGAGAAAUUGUAGCAGAAUGUAAUGAUGGGUCUGUCACCAUGUUUUAUCUUGUCCUGGGCUACAUGGGACUUCUGGCCAUCAUCAGCUUCACUGUGGCUUUCCUGUCCAGGAAGUUGCCUGAUACCUUUAAUGAAGCCAAGUUCAUUACUUUCAGCAUGCUGAUGUUUUGCAGCGUUUGGGUGUCUUUUGUUCCAUCAUACCUGAGCACCAAGGGGAAAUACAUGGUGGCUGUGGAGAUUUUCUCUAUCUUGGCCUCCAGUGCUGGGCUAUUGGGCUGUAUCUUUCCCCCCAAAUGCUACAUUAUUGUACUGAUGCCUCACUUGAACAAUAGGGAGCAGCUAUUAAGAAAAAAGACUGCAAAUAUCUAA